CGGAGCCGCCCGCCCGCGUCCCUGGCCCCCGCGUCCCUGCCACCCCGCGUCCCUGGCCCCCGCGUCCCUGCCACCCCGAGUCCGCCGGUGUGUCCGGAGCGCUGCGCCGGCAUCAUGUUGGGCGUGAUCAAGAACUCGCUGUUCGGGAGCGUAGAGACGUGGCCGUGGCAGGUCUUGAGCAAAGGGGACAAGGAAGAAGUCUCCUACGAGGAAAGGGCCUGUGAAGGCGGGAAAUUUGCCACAGUGGAAGUGACAGAUAAGCCUGUGGAUGAGGCUCUACGAGAAGCAAUGCCAAAAGUCGUGAAGUAUGUGGGAGGCACCAAUGACAAGGGAAUUGGGAUGGGGAUGACAGUUCCCAUUUCCUUUGCCGUGUUCCCCGGUGAAGAUGGUUCUCUACAGAAGAAAUUGAAAGUCUGGUUCCGGAUUCCAAACCAGUUUCAGAGCAACCCGCCAGUUCCCAGUGAUGACAGCGUGAAAAUCGAAGAGAGAGAAGGCAUCACUGUCUAUUCCACGCAGUUCGGUGGUUACGCCAAGGAAGCCGACUACAUAGCCCACGCUGCCCAGCUGCGCACGGCCCUGGAGGGCACAGCCACUUACCGGAGUGACAUCUACUUCUGCACUGGGUAUGACCCUCCCAUGAAGCCCUACGGACGUCGCAAUGAGGUCUGGCUGGUGAAGACAUGAGUGGCUCAAUGAGCCGGCACUUCCUGGAUGUGCUUCCGUGUCCACUGCCUCGGGGGCAGCAGGGGGCGCUGCUCCACUGUGCACCCGCCCAACCAGCUUUCCUUCAAAGCCACUUACUGCCAAUGUUCUGAAAUCAGCUUGCUCCGUGUCCUCAAGCUCUUCUUCUCAUGGUGGGAAAUAAUUCAGCCAAGAUAGGCAGCAUUUCUCUGAUUGCUUUAGAAAAUUCUAUAGUAGACCAGAAACACCCCGGGAGCAUUUUCCCAGCUAUCUGGUCACUAAUAACUGAUUUUUUAAAAUUUAUUGAAUCUGUAUUUUUGCUAUUGAGGGGAAAAUGUGAUUUGUGUGUGAUCUUUCCUCUGUGAUUCUCAUAAGAACUUUGUCUAAAAAGAAAACGAAAAUAAAGAUCUUCGAGUUAAACAGCUGA